AUGUCCCUCAACGGCCAGUCUUUCCUUCUCGAUCCCGAGAAGCGAGCCGGUCCAACCAGAUAUUCGCACGCGCGCGUCGUUCAACCCUCAACCCACCACACCGUCUACGUCUCGGGGAUUGCCGCGGUUAGUCCAGAUGGAACCUAUGAGGGUGUCAUAGAAAACGCGGAUGGGUCAUUCACAGCCGAUGUGAAGCAGCAGACGGCUGCCGUCCUACGCAGGAUCGACAGCAUUAUCCGAGGCGCUUCGAACGGAAAAGCGAAUCUAUACAACGUCGUGGACUCGACAGUCUAUAUCUUGGACAUGAAGACCCAAUAUGCGGAUAUGAAUGAUGAAUGGAACAAGAUCUGGACCGACCGUGCGAGCGCACCGAGCCGAGCAACGAUCGGAGUCAGGGAGCUUCCUGAUCCGCACUUUGCUGUUGAAAUUAAAGUGACAGCCAUCUUCGAGGCAUGA